CCACCACUGACAAACCGAACUUGAUCUCAAAACUGGAACGCCGAGCUGCACCCUGGAUCAAGGACCCAAUCGGGCCGAAGUGGGGGAAAGGUUGUCCUCCAGGGAAGAAGAAGAUGGGGGCCGGAAGAGAGGCAGACACACAAGCCUUGCCCAUAGACUCUCCCGUGCCUCCAGCAGCUCCUCUGGAGACAUGUAGCUCCUACUGCAAUUCCAGCCUUUGUGCAGUCGGAGCAGAUGGCCCUGGAAUGAUCAAGAGAACGUACAGACCCCGUUCCAUUCAGAGGUCAUGGUUUGGGCAGUUCCCAUGGUUAGUAAUCUACCCAAAGGAGACCAAGCUCUUCUGCUCAGCUUGCAAAGGAAGACCGAGUCUCCACGACAAGUCGUCCCGGUUAGUCCAAGGUUACACGGGGCCUUUUAAAGUGGAGACUUUAAAAUACCACGAGGUCAGCAAAGCACACAAGCUCUGUGUCAACACUGUCGAAAUCACGGAGGACGCGCCUCCCGCCGCACUGGUCCCGGAGAUGUCCGGCGACCUGAUGGCGAGCAUGGGCUACCUCUUCAACGCUGCCUACUCCAUCGCGUACCACUCGCGGCCCCUGAACGACUUUGAGAAGAUCCGCAACUCCUCCAGAGCACCAGGACCAUGAUUUUGGGCAAGUACCGGAAUCGCACAGCCUGCACGCAGCUCAUCAAGUACAUCUCCGAGACCCUAAGGAAGGAGAUCCUCGAGGAUGUCUGAAACUCGCCGUGCAUGAGCGUGCUGCUGGACCGCUGCACGGACGCCUCGGACCAGGCCUGUCUGGGGAUUUAUCUCCGCUACUUUAAGGGGACGGAGGUGAAAGAGUCGUACAUCGCCUUAGCCCCUCUCUACAGUGAGACGGUGGACGGCUACUUCGAGACCGUGGUCUCUGCCCUGGAUGAGCUGGACAUCCCCUUCCGGAAGCCCGGCUAGGUGGUGGGCCUG